UUCUUCUAAACCCUCCUUGAGUCUCAGCCACCCCCUCCGGCCUUCUUUCAUAUAACCAACCCCCGCCCCUGCACGCAUUUCCUGCCCGCCGCCGUUUCAGCCUGCCGGCGAAAUCGCCGCCACCCCUUAUCGCACUCUCUCGCCACUUUGAGGAAUCAAAGCUACUUAUCGCUAUUUAUUUUUUCUCCUCAGGAACACAGUGGUCUAGCCCCUUACCCUCGCCGUUGGUAAGAUCGCGCCACCGCCGCUCGUUUUUCAGAUCCCAAGAAUAUGGCUUUGCGAGGUGUUUGGCAGCUUAAGAAGUUGGUUGUCAGCUACUGUGAUUGGGGAGGAAGCAGCAGGGGCAUCAGGGCAUUUAUGGAGUCGCAGAUGCCAGCUUUUAAGGAGAAAAAUCCUCAGCUAGAAGUAGUUACUGAGCUCAAUCGUGGCCAGCAUCCAUACUUGAAGGGCUUCUACAAAAGCAAUAACAACCGGGUAGUAUGUGUGAAGAACAUGGAUCCAGAAGAAAUUCAUUCAUGUGCAACGAGGCUAAGGAAUUCACUGGGACGAAAGGUCGUAAAACUGAGAACAAGACAUGUAACUAAAAAUCCCAGUGUGCAAGGUACCUGGAACACAGAUGUAAGAUUUUGAGGGCUGGAUGGAUAAUUUAAUUAUUCCUGAAGAGCUUGAUAUCAUUUAGAGAAUGUUCUUUCCAUCAAUAAUAAGAUGUUGAAACCAAACUUAUUUAUAGAAUUGCUUGAGUUUUUGUUGUU